CGCCUCUGCUGGGGGCAGGCAGCUCCGCUGCUGAGGGCAGGCGGCUCCGCUGCUCCCCGUGCGGCGCCGCCUCCGCCCGGCCGAGCGUGGGCGGGUACGGAGAGGGGCUCGCCGCCGCUCCGCCGCCGUUGUAGCGCACACGGCGUCCGAGGUAGCCGGGCUCCCGGUGACCCGUAGUCCGCCCGGCAGCGCGGCGGUGGAGAGCGCCUUUGCCACCGCCGCCCGCUCCGCAGGCCAUGGACUUCUCCUUGCGGCUGCUCCUGGUGUCCUGCCUAUCCCUAGGAGUGGCCGGAGAGUUUGACAGAGGGUGGCCCAGACACAUAGUCUCUUCUGCAGGACUCUGCCGGUUUGGAAGUAGAAUUGACUGCUGCUGGGGCUGGGCCCGAUUGUCCUGGGGACAGUGCCAACCUUUCUACGUCUUAAGGCAGAGAAUAGCCAGCCUAAGGUGCCGGCCCAAAGCUAUAUGCCAGCCAGGAUGCAAACAUGGUGAAUGUAUUGGGCCAAACAAGUGUAAGUGCCACCCGGGAUACACUGGAAAAACCUGCAACCAAGAUCUGAAUGAGUGUGGGCUGAAGCCGCGGCCGUGCAAGCACCGCUGUAUGAACACCUAUGGCAGCUACAAGUGCUACUGCCUGAACGGCUACAUGCUCAUGCCAGAUGGAACCUGCUCGAAUGCCCUUUCUUGCUCAAUGGCAAACUGUCAGUACGGAUGUGAUGUGCUGAAAGGGGAAGUUCGCUGCCGCUGUCCCUCUCCAGGGCUGCAGCUGGGGCCUGAUGGCAGGACUUGCAUAGAUAUUGAUGAGUGUGCUACUGGGAGGGUGAUCUGCCCACGAUUUAGGCACUGUGUCAAUACUUUUGGAAGCUACAUCUGCAGGUGUCAUCAAGGCUUUGAUCUAAUGUAUAUUGGAGGCAAAUACCAAUGUCAUGAUGUGGAUGAGUGUUCCCUCGGGCACCACCAGUGUGGCAGCUUCUCCCGAUGUUACAAUACACUGGGAUCCUACAAGUGCAAGUGUAAAGAAGGGUACAGAGACAAUGGGACGAGCUGCACACUUAUUCCUAAUGUCAUGAUUGAACCGCCUGGUCCAGAUCAUAAAUUUAAGGGCAACAGCACAGUCCCUAAGGGAGGCAGUGGUGUAACCAAUAGGAUUCCUGAUGUUGGAGGCACGAGGCAGCCCCUCAGACCACCAUAUGUACCUGCUAUUGUUACAGAAAGGCCAGUGACCAGGCCAACUGCUCGUCCUGCUCCCAGGCCAACAGCUCGUCCUGCUCCCAGGCCAACAGCUCGUCCUGCUCCCAGGCCAACAGCUCGUCCUGCUCCCAGGCCAACAGCUCGUCCUACUCCCAGGCCAACAGCUCGUCCUACUCCCAGACCAACAGCUCAUCCUACUCCCAGGCCAACAGUUCAGUUGGCACCAAAACCAACCACUGGAUAUGUGCCUGUAACAACAAGACCAGUGACGAGGCCUCCACCACAACCUACAACGUUAAGACCUACGCUACCACCACAAAGAUAUCCUCCAACAACUGAAGAGCCAUUACUUGUUCCCACUGAAACUACAUCUUCCCAUGGAGUUACAGAUGACAACAGGAUACAGAUAGAGCCUCAGAAACCUCGAGGAGAUGUCUUCAUUCCACGCCAGCCCGGAGUCAGCAACAAUCUGUUUGACAUACUUGAAAUUGAAAGAGGGAUUACUGCUGAGGAAUUCGAGGCAAACGAUGACCCAGGCAUACUGGUGCACAGCUGCAGUUUUGAUAGUGGACUGUGUGGAUGGAUGAAGGACAAAGAUGAUGACUUGCACUGGGAACCAGUGAGAGAUGCUUCAGGGGGACAGUAUCUUACCAUCUCCGACUCCAAACACAAAGGCGGCAGAGCAGCACAUCUCAUCCUGCCCUUGGGGCACAUGGCCCAGGCUGGUGACUUGUGCCUGUCCUUUAGGCAUAAGGUGCCUGGGCUGCAUUCUGGUGCCCUCCAAGUCUUUGUCAGGAAAAAUGGUGCUCACGGACCAGCUGUCUGGGGGAGAAAUGGUGGCCAUGGCUGGAGACAGACACACCUAACUUUACAAGGACUAGGCAUCAAGAGUGUUAUUUUCAAAGGAGAGAAAGGGAAAGGAAGAAGUGGGGACAUUGGACUAGAUGACGUGAUCUUGAGGAGAGGACGCUGCUCUGAAGAGCAUUAGCAAAGACAGGGGACCAGCAGAGUCAUCUCCAGUAGCCCUUCUCAUGCUCAUCCUACCCAGCUUUGAAACAACUGCACAAAAGAAGAAAAAAGUCGGAAUGACAACUUCGUGGCCUGCUGACUGCAAUCUCACCAACACUAAUCUGACUGAAACUGCUAAAACCAUGGAGAGCACUUCCCAGGAUUCAGGAACUCCAAUCCUAUGAUUGUUGUUUCUAUUAAUCCUUGUUCCUAAAUGGUAUUUUUUAUGUAAUAACUUUAUCUUCUGUUAAGCCUGGUGAGUGCUUAUACAGAGAGCACUCGUGAAAAAGGGAGAAUGACAAAUGGUGGCAAAAGGAAACUCCAGCUGCAGGUUCUAGUGUUAUGUGGUAGUCAUUAUCUUCCCAUAGGAUUUGAUUAACAGUGCGAUUAACAUAGCUUCUGAGUCACCUCAGAAGACUGGAAGCCUGGACAGGGCUUUUCCUGCCCUGUGAAGGAAGGUUUGUUUCAUAUUAAAUAGCAUUUAUCAUGUUGUUGCAUCAAAAAGCAGUCCCACAGAGCAGGCCCUGCAGCCUGCACUACAGCUCUGAUUUGUACAUACUUAUGGCUUUACUAUUUACAGGUUCAAGUUGCAAGGUAAUUGGCAGAUGUGCUUCCUCACUCUGGGACAGGAGGUGAGCAUGUGCUGCCAUCCUGCUGGUCAUGCUAUAGAUGUGUUACUGAAGUCAUCUAAUGGUGCUCACUGAAAAAUGCUGCUGCAGUUUUUCACGUUAUAAGUUGCUGAAGGCAAAAGACCAAACCCUUACCUGAUGUGAACUGGCGUCUGGCGAUGCUGUACAAAUGUGCAUUUAGUUCAGAAGCAAGCCCUAAAGGGCUCUCAAUCCUGCAAGAAGCUCCUGGUUCAGUUGGAAGACUGGAGAAGAUAACUUGCAUCUUGUAGAACUGAGCCUUCUGCCACUCCAGGAGCGCUCGCUUCCCACAGGUGGUACUGAGGGAGCUGGGGUUGUUUAGCCUGGAGAAGAGGAGGCUCAGGGGGGACCUCAUUGCUGUCUACAACUACCUGAAAGGAGGCUGUAGCCAGGUGGGGAUUGGCCUCUUCUCCCAGGCAACCAGCAACAGAACAAGGGGACACAGUCUCAAGUUGUGCUGGGGGAGGUCUAGGCUGGAUGUUAGGAGGAAGUUGUUGGGAGAGAGAGUGAUUGGCAUUAGAAUGGGCUGCCCAGGGAGGCGGUGGAGUCACUGUCCCUGGAGGUGUUCAAGAAAAGCCUGGAUGAGGCACUUGGUGCCAUGGCUUAGUUGACUGGACAGGGCUGAGGGAUAGGUUGGACUGGAUAGUCUUGGAGGUCUCUUCCAACCUGGUUGAUUCUAUGAUUCAAGCCUGUGCAGAAGCACGCAGAACAGGUCAGACCCUGAAAUGCCUUCAGUGAUCUUUGUCAUAUGUCCAUAUUCCAUCCAAUCCUUCUGUAUAUAAUAAACAUUUUAUUGUGUAGGACUAGGACAACUUUUAGCUCUAGCAGGAACUAAAUAUUUAUCAUAUGGACUAAUUUUUUUACUUACAUAUCAUGUGCAUAGUGUGCAGCUUCCCAGGGCGCUCCUGUUCGGUUUGGGAUUUUUGUGGAAAUGAGGGAUUGUCAUCAUCACUGCUGCUAACAGCUCAGAAUCUGGCAAAGGAAUUGGAACAUUUGAGAAAAUGACCAAAAAUUGAGAAAAUAUUGUUAGUGGCACAGCCUUAAAGCUUGGAAAUUGUAUACACAGAGAAAAAAAAUAGGUCUCAAAGCUUUUAAAUACUACACUACCACCUAAAAUAAAUAUCCACUUCAGAUCCUGUUAGAAAAUAUCAUUAUCAAAAAAUUUCUUGUUAUGCCUUGCACAAAUUCCACAGAGACAAAAUUGGAAGACCAUUAGAGGUCAAUAUUCCAACUCUCUUUCUGACAAAGUAUUCCAGCCUUCCCCUAGGAUAAAGCAGAGUGUGUACAGCAGAGUUUCACCUGACCAUAAAGAGUGAGUCCUGGAAAAAUGUAUCCUCAAGCAGUUUGGAAAGGAAAAAACUAUGUACUUGUUAACUUCUCCAAACUGUCUUGCUUCAACUCUGACCAUGAUUUUUCCUUUCUCUUACAUUACUUUCAGUGUGUCAGCAAUGUUUGUGAAUAGUUGAAAUACUUUGUCUGCAUUUUAAAGCAAUCAGUAAAGGAGGCUGUUACUUGCUACUCA